UAGAGACCUCUGAUAAAGCCAUAUGGGGUACUUUCCCGACGCUGAUCCCGUCCCUGCCUGAAAACUGAAAAAGAAAAAUACGAACUCCUGCCCUUUCUUCAUCUUCUCCUUUAGAAUCUACCUAACCGCGAACCUAACAUAUUCACAUCCAUAUUCAUCCAUCGCCUAUGUCUUCGAGCAAGCAGGGUGAUUGAUUCAUCAACUCGCUCGAUCCCCCGAAUUCCCUCAUUUUUAUUAUUUUAUUCUAGUAAUAUCUAGACCUGCCUGCAUCCCAGGCUGCCUUCGCUUUUUUUUUAAUUCUUCGUUCGCCUGUGGGGGAACCUAGAUUAUCGCGUGGCCCCUGAACUUACGUGUCCGUGUACCGACCGGUAACUAAAGCGACGUCCACGCGAGUUUCGACUGAAUCAAAAAUAAGCACCAUCAUUUGUCGGGUUGUCAUUUAGACUUUAAACAACGGCUGGUGUAGCCGACCGUCAAGAUGGCAUACAACGGUGGACACAACGAUGAGUACAAGCGUGGAGAUGAUGAGUACAGCGGCCAUACCCUUCAGGAUAUGCCCGCCGGCAGCACGUACCAUCUACCUCCCCAUGAUCAAGAUGAAGACGAGUCCCAGCGUCACCUCCUAGGCCAAACUCCUGGCCUCCACUACGAACAAGACCGGUUGGGCGCGCACACUCCUCCCGUGCGCCCAGUCUCGGCCUACAGUCUUUCGGAAUCAUAUGCAACCGAUGCACCUCCUACUACCCAGUCACCCGCACCUCAAUAUGGUAGCGAGUACGUCGGUGGGUACGGCGGUCAUCAGCUUGAGGAUACCGGUUUCGGAUACGGUAGACCCGCAUCUACCGUCGACAGCGACGAAAGCUGGCUGCGACGUCAGCAGCCCGGUGGCGGCGCCGGUGGCUUGAAGCGCUACGCUACUCGAAAAGUUAAGCUGGUUCAAGGUUCCGUUCUCAGUGCCGAUUAUCCCGUCCCCAGUGCUAUCAAGAAUGCCGUCCAGGCCAAGUACCGAGAUGCCGAGAGCGGCAGCGGUGAGUUCUUGAACAUGCGAUAUACUGCCGCUACUUGCGAUCCCAACGACUUUACCCUGAAGAACGGUUACGAUCUCCGGCCUCGGAUGUAUAACAGACACACGGAGCUGUUGAUUGCCAUCACCUACUACAACGAAGACAAGCAGCUGUUUGCCCGAACAUUGCAUGGUGUGAUGCAAAACAUUCGUGAUAUCGUCAACUUGAAGAAGUCGACUUUCUGGAACAAGGGCGGUCCCGCCUGGCAGAAGAUUGUCGUCUGCUUCGUCUUCGACGGUAUUGACAAGGCCGACAAGGAAACCUUGGACGUCUUGGCCACCAUCGGUGUCUUCCAGGAUGGUGUCGUCAAGAAGGAGGUUAACGGCAAGGAAACCGUCGCCCAUAUUUUCGAGUACACUACGCAGUUGUCUGUGACGCCUAAUCAGCAGCUCAUUCGACCCGUGGAUGACAACCCCCAGACGCUUCCACCUGUCCAGAUGAUCUUCUGUUUGAAGCAGAAGAACACCAAGAAGAUUAACUCCCACCGUUGGCUAUUCAAUGCUUUCGGCCGAAUCCUCAACCCCGAGGUGUGCAUUCUUCUCGAUGCCGGUACCAAGCCUGGAUCCAAGUCGCUUCUCGCCCUGUGGGAAGGUUUCUACAACGACAAGGACUUGGGUGGAGCUUGUGGUGAAAUCCACGCCAUGUUGGGCAAAGGCGGCAAGAAGCUGAUGAACCCCCUUGUCGCCGUCCAGAACUUCGAGUACAAGAUCUCCAACAUUCUGGACAAGCCCCUAGAAAGUUCUUUCGGUUAUGUGUCUGUGUUGCCUGGUGCCUUCUCCGCCUACAGAUUCCGAGCCAUCAUGGGACGACCUCUCGAGCAGUACUUCCACGGUGACCAUACCCUUUCUAAGAUUCUCGGACCCAAGGGUAUCGAGGGUAUGAACAUCUUCAAGAAGAACAUGUUCUUGGCCGAAGAUCGUAUUCUGUGUUUCGAACUUGUCGCCAAAGCUGGUUCUAAAUGGCAUUUGACGUACAUUAAGGCCGCCAAGGGUGAGACCGAUGUGCCCGAAGGAGCUCCCGAGUUUAUCUCUCAGCGACGUCGUUGGCUCAACGGUUCAUUCGCCGCCUCUCUCUACUCUCUGAUGCACUUUGGUCGUAUGUACAAGUCUGGCCACAACAUCAUUCGCAUGUUCUUCUUCCACGUUCAGCUUAUCUACAACAUCGCAAACGUCACGUUCACCUGGUUCUCUUUGGCAUCGUACUACCUGACAACAACGGUUAUUAUGGAUCUAGUCGGAACUCCUCAGGCUGCUAGCGCUACUAGUGCUGAACGGCACGGUUGGCCCUUCGGUGAUACUGCUACCCCGAUUAUCAACAUCAUUCUCGAGUAUGCGUAUAUUGCUUUCCUGAUUCUGCAGUUCGUCCUCGCUCUUGGUAAUCGUCCAAAAGGUUCUAAGUGGUCUUACAUCGCUUCGUUCGGUCUCUUCGGUUUCAUCCAGCUCUACGUCCUCAUCCUCUCUGGUUACCUCGUCGUCAACGCCUUCCAACCGCAGAAUUUGCCAACAGGAGAAAGCGCCGGCGAUGCACUCAAGGAUAUGUUCACUGGUCAAUCUGAAGUAGCCAUUAUUAUCUUGGCAUUGCUCGCGACGUUCGGUUUGUACUAUAUUGCCUCGUUCAUGUACUUGGAUCCGUGGCACAUGUUCCACUCGUUCCCGUUCUACAUGAUUCUCAUGUCGACGUACAUCAACAUUCUCAUGGUUUACGCUUUCAACAACUGGCACGAUGUCUCGUGGGGUACCAAGGGUUCAGACAAGGCCGAGGCUCUACCUUCUGCUCAGGUUGUGAAAGACGAAAAGGGUGAAGCUGCCAUCGAAGAAAUCGACAAGCCUCAGGAGGAUAUCGACAGCCAAUUCGAGCAGACGGUCAAGCGAGCUUUGGCUCCCUUCAAGCCAGAACCAGAAGUCGAGUCCAAGGAUCUCGAGGAUUCUUACAAGUCUUUCAGAACUUCGCUGGUUAUCUCGUGGUUGUUCUCGAACUGUGCUCUCAUUGUUGGCGUUACCAGCGACAAGCUAUCGACGUUCGGAAUCGGGGGCACUACCUCUGACAGAACGGCGCAGUUCUUCAAGUUCCUGCUUAUCUGUACCGCAGCCCUCUCUCUCGUUCGUUUCAUCGGCUGCUGCUGGUUCUUGGGACGAACAGGUAUCAUGUGCUGCUUCGCCAGGCGGUGAUGGCCAUGUUUACCUAAACAGCAGCAACGUAAACGUAGUUGGGUUUCUACUAAGAAUUAUUAUACCCCUGAAAUGUGUACAAACGUGGAGCCCAUCUCCAGGACCUGGCGUCGAACACUUGCUUGUUUCUAAGCUGGAUAGAUGGGACGAAGAGGGACUCGGAUUUGCGAAGAUACUAAGGGAAGGGGAAACCAGAAAAGUUGCGCGCGGCCUUUCUGCUGCGCCAAAUGGUCCGUUAGAUCGUGUGGCAUUGUCUUUGGCGUCGUUGAUUUCUCCUUUUAUAUACUCCUAAUGUGCCUAAACUGAACUGAAUAAUCAGGACACUUGAUACGAAUGGAUUCCGUUAAACUUGAA